CAACGUUGAACAGCCGGAAAAUAGAAACCAUCGCUCGCAGCAGGGCAGAAUUUUCACAUCUCGAUUCGCUAACAUUAGUCAUAGUCAUAUAUACAUCGUCAGCUGGAUCCGUAUAUAUAAGGGCGCACCCACACACAAUACGCACAUAGUGUUAACCAAUUUACAGCCCAAUAAGUCAGUAACUAAACAACAUGUCCUAUCACAUAGAUAUGGAAGACGCCGCUGCGAACGAGCCAGUGCUGCUCUCGAAGCAUUCCAAGAACCUUCUACGUUUCCUGCAUCUGUUGCCGGCACGCAUGGCCUCGCAUGAUAAUACCAGGAGCACUAUCGUGUUUUUCGCCGUCUGUGGCCUGGAUGUGCUUAAUGCUCUGCAUUUAAUACCGCCACAGAUGCGUCAGGACAUCAUUAACUGGAUCUACGGCGGUCUAGUAGUUCCACGCAGCAAUGAGAAGCAGUGCGGUGGUUUUAUGGGCUGCCGUGCCAUGGUCCCCCAAACAGAUGACGCUGAGCUGCAAGAAUGUGUGCGUGCCUAUCAAUGGGGCCAUUUGGCCAUGACAUACACCAGUGUAGCGGUGUUAGCCACAUUGGGAGAUGAUUUGACGAGGCUGGAUCGAAAAAAUAUUGUUGCAGGCGUUGCAGCGGUACAGAGACCCGAUGGCAGUUUUAGCGCCUGCAUCGAUGGUAGUGAGAGCGAUAUGCGAUUUGUUUAUUGUGCAGCAACCAUAUGCCACAUGCUGGACUAUUGGGGCGAUGUAAAUAAGGAAACGAUGUACCAAUUCAUAAUGCGCAGUCUGCGCUAUGACUAUGGAUUCAGUCAGGAACUUGAAGGCGAGGCCCAUGGCGGUACCACAUUUUGUGCUUUAGCUGCUCUGGAGUUGAGCGGUCAGCUACAUCGCCUGGACACAUGCACCGUGGAGCGCCUGAAACGGUGGCUAAUCUUUCGCCAAGUUGAUGGAUUUCAGGGUCGCCCGAAUAAACCCGUGGAUACCUGUUAUUCCUUUUGGAUAGGUGCCUCACUACGCAUACUAAAUGCAUUUGAGUUGACUGACUAUGCGAAAAAUCGCGAGUAUAUAAUGACUACACAGGAUAAAUUGGUUGGUGGAUUUGCCAAAUGGCCGCAGUCCACUCCUGAUCCAUUUCACACUUAUCUGGGGCUAUGCGGUCUUGCCUUUACUGGAGAGCCCGGACUCUCUGAUGUUAUGCCUAGCUUGAACAUAUCCAUGGCAGCAUAUGCUCAUCUAAAGCAACUGCAUGAGAGCUGGCGACUGAAGGGCGAUGAGAAUACGACUGGGGCAUCCCCAUACUCCAUAGCCACAACACCCGAGUUGUUGGAUGCGGCGAUGGAACAACAAAUGAAAAUGUGUGAUGACAGUGAAACUUCUACCUCGCCAUUGAUAUCAGCACAAUGAACAUGAUUUAGCACAAAGGGAUGCACACGUAACACGUACACUAUUUUUUAUUGGCCGCAUUUUUGCAAAACGCUUUUUAAGCAUGUUUUUUAAUCGAGAGUAUAUUUUUAUUUGUAUUGUGUAUUAUUAGAGCGCCUAGAAAUAAUGUUAACAAUUUGUAAGUGUAAGCCUAACGGGGUAUUUAUGAAUGUAGCGUCCAGUGUGGCUGCAUAAGCGCGGAAGUAAAUAUAAUAUUUACAAAACAAAAAAGAAAA